UUGGGGCAUUAUUAGAGGUAACAGUGUUCAUCAGCAGCUGAGAAUCCAAUCAAUCCAUCAUUGUACUUCCCGGCAGAAAAUAUUGGGAUUCCGGAGCCUCACCAUCUGAAAUCAGCAAAUCACCGCCUUCGCGCUGGGCAUAAUUUCCCCUGCUUCUAUAGCGACGAGUCAUCAUGCGAACUAGGAACGCUGGUUCUUCUAAAACAGCGGCGGCUAAGAAGACACCGCCGACGAGGAAAUCCGCAUCUAAAAGCCCGGCGAACGCACAAUCCCCUCAGACCAAGCGCACCUCUACGAUCAAAACUAGGCAGGCCAAGAAGAACGAGGCCUCGCCCUUACAAAACACAAGCGUUGAUGAGGAACCGGAGCUAUUAUCUGAUGAGGCAAAAGCAGAGGCUGAUGCUUCUCAGGUGACACCAGAGACAAAAGUUGUUACAGUUGCAAAGUCAGCACCAAAGAGGACGCCAAAGAGAGCAGUGGGAAGGCCUAGGAAUUCAACUAAAGCCAUUACUACCCGGGAACAAGAAGAACAAGUGGAGGCAAUAACUGAUGAAACACCGAAAAUGGAUGAUGUUGAAGUAGCUGAGAAAUUGGAGGAGCCUUUAAAUGUUAAUGUAGUCAAAGCAGAUGAAAUUGAAAAUAAGGAAGUGGACGAACAAGGUGUUGAGUUUGUUAGACAAUCUGCAGGGAAUGAACAACAUCCCAAAGUAGGGGAUGAGUGUAAUGCUGAUAGUGCUUGUGAGUUAGAAGAAAAGAGAAGAGACAUAGUUGAAGACGUUGUAUCUGCCUCCCAAGGUGUCCCUUUUUUAUUGAAUCAAGAAGAACCUACCAUGAUGGAGCACUCUGAAUCUCUGGAGAAUGAAGAACCCACUAGUGCAAAAGAAGGAGAACAAACAAAUGAAGAGGAUGGGGAAAAAGCAUCAGAAAAAUCAAUGAAUGAACAGACAACUUGUAGUGGAAUUAAAGAGCUAUGUGAUUCUGAUUCUGUCAGCAUGGAAAUAAAAGACCAAAGAGAGCAAGUGAAGGAAGAGGAUGGAGAAAAAGAAUCAGAAAAAUCAAUGGAAAAGGAGGGAGAAGGGGCAUUAGAGAAAUCCAUGCAAGAGGAGACAAGUAAUAUUAUACAUAACCAGGAAUCUAAUACUGAUUCUGUUGAGAAGGAAAUGACAAACCAAUUUCUGCAAGAUGAUGUUAAACCUGGAAAGGAGAACCCAAGUGGUGAUCAAGGUGGCAAGGGUUCUGAGGAAAGGCUGAAUCGUGAAGAACAAGGGGGGAAGGAGCUUGAGGCUGAUCGAGGGGAGCCUCUUGAAGAAGCUGAGACAUUGGAUGAGGAACGCAAGGAAUUGUCAACUAUGGCGAAGGAGCGCAAGAUUAAGAAAGAGAAUGAAAUAUUUGUUGGUGGGCUUGAUCGUGAUGCUACAGAGGAAGAUCUUAAAAAGGUUUUUGAGAAGAUUGGGGAGAUAGUUGAAGUCAGGUUGCAUAAAGAUUCUUCAACAAACAAAAAUAAGGGCUAUGCAUUUGUAAAAUUUUCUUGCAAGGAGCAUGCAAAGAAAGCUUUGUCAGAAAUCAAAAGUCCUAUUAUAUGUGGUAAGCGAUGUGGCAUUGCACCCAGUGAGGAUAAUGACACAUUAUUCUUAGGAAAUAUAUGCAAUACAUGGACAAAAGAAGCGAUCAAACAGAAGUUGAAGGAUUAUGGUGUUGAGGGUGUUGAAAACAUUACACUCGUCCCAGAUGUUCACCGUGAAGGAUUAAGCCGGGGCUUUGCAUUUCUUGAGUUCUCCUGUCAUCAUGAUGCCAUGCUUGCCUAUAAGAGGCUUCAAAAGCCUGAUGUAGUCUUUGGACAUGCUGAUCGAACUGUCAAAGUUGCCUUCGCUGAACCUGCUCGAGAGCUGGAUCCAGAGAUCAUGGCACAGGUGAAGUCUGUCUUCGUUGAUGGUCUUCCUCCUCACUGGGACGAGGGCUGCAUUAGGGAGCACCUUAAAGGUUAUGGUGAAAUUGUACGAAUUGUGCUUGCCCGGAAUAUGACUACUGCUAAGAGGAAAGACUUUGGAUUUGUUGAUUUCUCUACACAUGAAGCCGCUGUAGCUUGUGUUGAUGGUGUGAAUAGUUCAGAAUUUGUUGAUGGAAAAGAAAAGAUAAAAGUGAGAGCUAGACUUUCAAAUCCUCUGCCUAAAACACAGGCUGUCAAGGGAGGCAUGUGUGGUGGGUUCCGAAUUGGUCAUGCUCGGGGUGGAGCUUUUCCACGAUCUGGGAGGGGUUUUGCUCGUGGAGGACAUGCUGUCAACUGGGGAAAUUUUAAUAGGGAUCGGAAUUUUUAUCAUGGAGGAUAUGGUCAAAUUGGAAGAAUGGGUUUCAGUAAUGAUCUUAAUCUGAAUAAUGCUUAUCCAGAUUUUCAUCAGAGGCAACUUGGGGAACGGAUGAUUCCUUUGAGGGGUGGACACUAUGCAGGUGCACAAGGUGCUGCAGUUGCUGGUCCAUCUAGGCCUCAUCUUGACAGAGCCUGGUAUGGCACCCCUGAGAGAGGCCCUGGUGAACCUAUUCCCCCAAGGACGCCAUUCUCCCCUGAAGGACAGUUUGACAGGCCUUUUAUUGGAAGGCAUAUUGAUGAUCCAUAUUUUUAUGAAGACAGUGUGCAUGGGGUGAAACGGCCAUUUUAUAUGACUGACCCAGAUCCUAGUUACAUGGGGCCCGUUAGACUUCGUCCUCGACUGGAUUAUACAGAUCCUGCUGUAUUUCAUGGCAGUCGUUACCAUGAUUCUAUUGCUUCUGGCAGGGGACAGUACCCACAUGAUUAUUAUGGUGCUGAUUAUGGUGGGGGUCCAUAUUCAUCUUUUUAUGGGGGUGAAAACUCACAUGGGCGAAGAUACCACUACUAGAUUCAAGAAUCUUUUGGUGAGCUGGGACAUAUGAGAGGGCCUUCUCCAUCUAUGAGCUCGUGGUUUGCUGCCUGCAAUUAUGAAGUUCAAUAUUUCUUUUUCUGUCUUCACCCUGCUCUUGCUCCAUUAAACCUUUUUAGUUUCUGUUUGUUUUUGUCUGAGAUCAACAGGUGCUAUGACCUAGGUUAUUUAAUGUAUAGUGUGUAGGGUAGGCUGUUUAUUUGGGUCCUGGAGUAAGAUAUAAUAUGUUCUUGUAUUGAGAAUGGGCUAGACCUUCUCUUGCUUAGGCAUGAAGAGAUAAGGGACUGUAUUUGGGGUUGCUUUGUUGAAUGUACUCUAUCCGUGCGACUGAUCUAGCUUAUCAUUGAUGAUCAAAAGGUGCUAGGACAACUGGAAGCCUAGAUUUUUCAGGUGGAAAAUUUAUCUUUUGACAAAUUGAUGGGCAGGUUUGAUAUAUGAAUACGCAUAUUGAGGCUUUUGAGGUGUUCAGGAAGGUUGUGGAGAGUUAAAUUCAGUUACAAAUCACUUGCACGGUUAGGAGCCAUAUUGGAAGGAAUCUUAUUUAUUCAAGGAAUUAGCUGGGAGAAUGUGGUCUAAAUACAGUGAAAGGUUUCCUAUCUUCAUUUGGAAUAAUAAUCAUGGAUCUUUUAUGGAACAAGCAGUCAAUUAGAUUGAUUUCUGUCCUGAAAUAUGCUUAUUGUGAAUUUGGGUAUCCUUGAAGAGAUAUAUGUUUUACGUGUAGUGUGUUGAGUUUCUAAUUGAGAAUAAAACAUCUUUCGUUUUAUACGAGAA